AUGGCGCCUGCGGGAGGCCAGGCACCUGGGCUUCCGCCCAUUGGCGACCCAACGAACCCUUUAGAGAUCAUGUUAAACACUCCAGCGCUGCGUCCUCCGGAAGGAAUUGUCGUUGAGAUGACUUUAGAUGGGCCCGAUCAAGUUUGGUUCCUCGUGGUUGCGAUCCUUUGUACAGCCGUUCCUGGGAUCUUCCUGAUCUUGCGAGUUUAUACGAAAUUGGCGAUAUCAAGAGGGUUCGAACUGGCUGACUACUUCAUUUUUCUUGCUUUUCCUCUCAUGGUUGUUGAAAUUGCAAAUGGUUACCUCAUGGUGAAAUGGGGCGCUGGCGUACAUCAAUGGCAGGUUACAUUCCGUCAACUGUUUAAUCAAUUAUACUAUCUACGAGUAUUUGCCCCGACACGACAGCUGAAUCGAUUGAUGUGGUAUGGUGCAUGUACUACAAUUGCCGCUUGCUUCAUUUUCUACACGGUCUUCACAUUCUGGACAAUGUUCUACUGCAAGCCAAGAACCAUGAUUUGGAACAAAUUUACACCAGAUGGCAAGUGUCACGACCACGGACCAAUUGUCAUUAGCCAGGGGAUAUUCAACAUGGCAUCCGAUGUAAUAAUCUUGCUCCUUCCGACGAGAAGUCUCUGGCAGUUGAGAGUGCCUUUGGCAAGGAAGUUGGUCAUCACAUCGCUUUUCGCAACGGGUUUACUUGCAUGUGUUGCAUCAGUGAUGCGCAUCGUCUUCACGAUCAAGAUCGCGCCCAUAUUCACUGAGUCCGAUAUAUCUCACAAUGGACUUCUCAUUGGUCUUUGGACGCAGGCAGAGGUCGCGCUCGGAUUUAUAGUCGCUUGUUCACUUUCACUACCCAAGCUCGUCCAAGCGAAGCGUAAGAAGAUCUCUCAAGCAAUGUCCAAGGUCUCGUCGCCCUUCUCCAGCAUACGGAGCACAAUCAGAAGCCGGAGCGGAUCGCAGUCCACCAAAAGAUCGAAUUCGACGAGCGAUGGGUCCAGGAAGGGUUCGUUGCCGUUGAUCGUCAUGCAAAGUGAAGCUGGCGGCAUCAAGCGGCCGAUAUACUACGAAGAGAGGGAGUUGCGGGCGCAGCAUGAGAAGGGGAUGUUUCCGAUCAAAGAGGAGCGCGAUCCUUAUCCGCUACCUAGCGAGGCGGGCAGUACCUACUCGCCUUCAAUUCACUCCCCGCGCAGCAGCACUUCUAGUGACGACCCUACGCUUCACGUGGCGCCUCUGAACUGGAUGAACAAAGGCGCUCCUCGCAACCUUGGCGUACUGCCACCUGCCCCAGACUCCGUAGAUGGUACAGAGGGACCUUUACACGAGAUCGCGACUCUUCCGCCGGUGUUGAACGGAAUGAAUGCCGGAGGUGAGAGGGCUUCCCAUCGACUAACUCAGAAGGAAUUGUUCGUGUUGCAACAGUUCAAUUUUGAGAGAUUUAGCGAUAGCGUCGAUAUUGAGCGCACAGCAGAUCUGGCGUUGAAAGGUCGUUAA